AUAUACGCAUUUUGUGUUGUGCGGUGUUUAGAGUUUAUAUUCGCUCAGGCUACACUGCAAUACAAUCACCGAUUUCGUUCUUUUAAGGUUCCUUCCGUCACCUGGUCAACGAAACUUCAAAAAGAGGCACAAGAUUGGGCCGAUUAUCUUGCAGCAAACAAUAAGUUUCACCACAGUCCGAAGAAUCCGGGGAACUUGUACCUGUCAGCGUACAAACCGCGAGAGUAUUGCAGCGAUGCUAUUUGGUGGUUCCAUAACGAAGAAAAGUAUUAUAAUUACAGCAAUCCUCGCUACGUCGUAGCGGCUGGACAUUUUACUCAGCUGAUUUGGAAAAACUCUAAACAGAUCGGCGCUGCCUUUGCUGUACGUAAAGACAAGAGGCUUGUUGUAUCUAUCAAAUACAAGCCCGGCGGCAACGUCAUUGGUUACUUUAAGAAAAACGUCCUUCCUCCAACUGCGUCUCUUUUGGGACCGGAAUGGGCUCGAAUCCCGCCUAAAUUUGCCAGGUGCCCGAUAUUGACUCCGACUGGGUCCACUGAAGGGAGCGCGUCUAAUGUAACGCAGCCGUAUGUGAAGGGGUCAGCAGGAAUAGUUGGGUUAACUCUGGAGCUCUUCACUGGGUCUUUUAUCCUUGCAACUUUAUUUUCGUAAAGCUAUAAGGGCGCUGGUUACCCCGAAUAGCUCAUUUGGGCUCCCUGUGGACCGCGAUCUGUUUCUUGGUCAGCAGCAGGUCAAUAAAAACAUUGUAGUUUGGUAUCUUAGUGACUUAGUGACUUGGAAUACCCGUACGAAGUGUAUACUUAAUGAACAGUUAUUUAUUUUGAACAACAGUUUGAUAUUAGUCCUGAGAAAGCCAGACUAUAAAUAUAUUAAUAUCAAUAACAUUUUAUUUUUAAAGAGAGGGACAUAAAACAAGUUAAAAAGUCCUUUCUUAGAUCUUCGUCCCUAAACAUGAAUUAUGUUUUAAAAAACAGUUUUCAGAGAAGCGUCAUGUGAUGUGAUAUAAAAUGACAAACAAACUAACUUAUGGAUCUAGGAAGAGGUAUAUCAGGUUCUUUUGUGAUCGCGCUGUCAUGUGUAAUGUUUUUAGCCACGAUGGAAAAAUUUUAACAGCAAACAUUUCAGGGUUGUUCCACGCUUGAAUUCGAAAUACUGAAAAGUUAAAACUAUAGUAGUUAUAUCAUCAAAGUUAACUUAGAAAACUAAACAAUAUGAUUUUUAUGAUGAUGAUGAUAGACAUCUUUCUAAUUUUUUGUAUAUUUUGAAAGUAUUAUGUAUAAUGAUUCAUAUUUCGACAAGUACUGACUUUCUGUCUUUGCAAUACGUUUGUAAUUUUAAAACUAUUCUAAGCCAAAUAAAUUAUAUUGUAAAAUUCAACUAUUUAUUUGUGACGUACAGUGAAAUUUCCUCAGCCUCUUAUCGAAGCAGUAGACCUCAAAAUAAUAGUCUUCCGGGGUAUACUGCUAACCAAAGGAAAGUAAUGAGAAUGGCGGAAAUAUUGAAUAGAUUGGUACGGAUUACGAUUGACAAACUUUAAAAAUUAGACAUUUACCAUCACCCAUAUCAGAAAUAAAGUUAUAGACUUAGUACGUAAGAGUAGCGAAACCUAGAUAUAUAAGGCAUAAAAUGGUUUACAAUGACGAGUCGUGAAAAUUUUGUAACAAGGUGUAAAUACGAAUAAUAAACUAGACGUAACUAAU